CACUGAUAGACCAAAGCACCAUCAGCACAACCUUGCACACCGAGUCCUGAGAUAGAGCGAGUCCUUUUAGUCUGAUACUCAAAAACCCUAAUCCCGUAAAAAACAAGAAAAAGUUUGAUUGAGUUCUCCGAUCAUGGCCUUCUCUACUCGUCUCGUCUCCAAAUCUCGUCAGCUAUUUGGCAGUCAAGCUAUUAUGCGACAGGAGCAUGCCAUUCCAGUCCGUUUUUAUGCCAAAGAGGCUGCUCCCGCUGCACUUAAGGGAGAUCAGAUGUUGAAAGACAUCUUUUUGGAGGUUAAGAAGAAAUUUGAGACAGCAUUGGGAAUACUUAAGAAGGAGAAGAUCACUAUUGACCCAGAUGACCCAGCUGCUGUAUCUCAGUAUGCAAAGGUUAUGAAGACAGUUAGAGAGAAGGCUGACUUGUUCUCAGAAUCUCAACGGAUCCAACACACCAUUCAAACACGAACUCAAGGGAUUCGCGAUGCUCGGGCAUAUUUAUUGACACUGCAGGAAAUAAGGAUCAAGAGAGGACUUGUUGAUGAACUUGGUAUUGAGCCUAUGAUGAUGGAGGCUUUGGAGAAAGUUGAAAAACAAAUCAAGAAGCCACUUAUGAGGGAUGAUAAGGAAUCAAUGUCUCUUCUCAUGGCAGAGUUUGACAAGAUAAAUAAGAAGCUUGGAAUUUCGAGGGAAAAUCUGCCUAAGUAUGAGGAAGAGUUGGAGCUCAAAAUCUCCAAGGCACAACUGGAGGAGCUGAAGAAGGAUGCCCUUGAAGCAAUGGAAACACAGAAGAAGCGGGAGGAAUUCAAGGAUGAGCCAAUGCCUGAUGUUAAGUCUUUGGACAUCCGGAACUUUAUCUGAAAUUCAAAUUCACUUGUGGUGUUCCAAUUUGGGGGUUAUUAAUCUAUGAGGUGGACAAGAACAAGUGUUCCGGAUUUGGGGAAUACCUUUCUCAUUAUGCUAUAAUAAUAAAAGAAGCAACUAGUCAUUUGAGAGUGCACAACCAAUUGAUCUGAACGAGUUAAAUGUUGUUUCAUGUUUUGUUAAUGCACAUGCUAUUGAGUUAUUUUGUUUCUUUAAACUAACUGUACGGAUGAUUUUUCGGCCA